GAGGCGGGGGCGGAUCCCGCUGCGGGACCGGGGCUUCUACACGAAGCGUUUUAAUCCGCUUUCAAACUGGGCUGACGCCUGCGCCUUCCUUCCCCGGAAUAAUAGGACGGAAACGGCGUCAUGGCUGGGCCCCUCCGAGGUCUCCGCCGGUUGCCUGCCCUGCUCCGUCAUCCCGCCUGGCAAGCCCCUCCGAAGCACGGGCCGCUCCUGCUGCUCGGCUCCCCGGAGGGCCGGGCCCUCGAGAUCCUGCAGGCCAGGCCUCUGGCCACGAAGAAAGCGAAAGCUAAAGGGAAAGCCCAGGCCCGGGUGAGCAUCAACACUGCCUUGGUGGAGGACAUCAUUAACCUGGAAGAGGUCAGUGAGGAGAUGUGCUCUGUGGUCAAAACCCUGCAGGAAAAUUUCAACAAAACUUUGGGCAUCCGAACCAACCCGGGGGCUCUUGAUUCUAUCAUCGUUACAACCAAUGAUGGGAAAUUUCCAUUGAACCAGCUUGCACAAAUCUCCCAACAGUCUCCGCAGCUCCUUGUUGUCAACAUGAGCAGCUUCCCAGAAAGCACAGCUGCGGCCGUCAGGGCGAUCCAGCAGAGCGGGAUGAAUCUCAACCCGGAAGCAGAUGGGCUGCUGAUUCGCGUGCCAAUUCCGAAAGUCACCCGCGAGCACAGGGAGAACCUGGUUGCGGUCGCCAAGCAGCUCACCCACAAGGCCAAGGAGUCCCUGCGCAAAGUGCGCGCCGAGGCCAUCAGCCAGACGAAGAAGGCCAAAAGCACCACGUCGGAGGACACCAUCCGCUUAAUAGAGAGACAGAUUCAGCAAAUGACCGAAGAUACCACAGCUGAAACGGACAGGCUCUUGGCAGCAAAGACGAAGGAGUUGCUUGCGUAGGAACCCCACCCCUCGCUCGGGAGUCGGAGGUCUCCCUUCCAGCUCAGAGGUCACAGACCCCCACAAGUGUCUCUAUGGCAGCGAUUUUUCACCCGCUGAAACCGGCUUUGGGCAGCAGGUCCGAGGCUUGGAACUGAGGAAGGCGGCGUAGCUUUGCUGCGGGCCAGAGAAAGCGGAGUUGGCUUCCUGAGGGGGGUCAUCUCGGCUCCCUCAAGACAACAGCGCAGUCCUGCUGCCAAGGACACAGAAGCUGUUUCAGGAAAAGAGUGCCUAGGAUCCCAAACUGUCAGGACUGAAAGGGCAGGGCCUGUUCUGCCCAUCCUCUCUGGCUUUGGGGGAGCAAGAGAC